UAACAGAUAACCCAAAAGUGGAUGAAAUUCUUCUUAUAAGAAAUAAUUAAGGUUUCAGACGUUUCAUCAGUUAUCUUGUUCGUAUCGGUGAUUCUCCUUGAUCAAAACAAGUGCCAUGGCUUCCCAAUUCGAUCAACUUCAUUUUGUUUUAGUACCUUUAUUGUCUCCGGGCCACCUAAUACCCAUGAUAGACAUGGCCAAGCUUUUGGCAAACCAUGGCAUGAUUGUCACUGUAGUAACCACACCUCUGAAUGCCAUCAAAUUUACCUCAACAAUCGAACGUACUUUUCAAUCUGAUCUAAAUAUUCAAUUUCUUGAACUCCAGUUUCCUGCAGUUGAAGCUGGAUUGCCAGAAGGGUGUGAAAACAUGGACAAACUUCCUUCUAGGAACUUGAUCAGGAACUUCUACACUGCUUCAGGUAUGCUUCAGGAUCGAUUUGAGCAAGUGUUUGAAAAAUUAGAGCCCCGUCCGAGCUGCAUAAUCUCCGGCAAGAACCUUCCGUGGACGAAAAUAACUGCUCAGAAGUUUGGGAUUCCAAGAUUAUUUUUCGACGGAAUGGGGUGUUUUGCUUUCUCUUGUACACACAAACUUGAAGUUUCUAGAGUACAUGAAACUGUCUCCAAGUUUGAGCAAUUUGUAGUCCCUGAUUUGCCUCAUCGUAUUGAAUUAACAAGAGCCAAGCUACCUGAAAUACUGAAUCCUGGCUCGGAGGAUUUGAAAGAUGUCCGAGACAACAUAAGAGCAACCGAACUUCUAGAACAUGGGAUUGUAGUAAAUACUUUUGAAGAGCUGGAAACAGAAUACAUUAAGGAGUAUAAAAAGGUUAAAGGAGACAAAGUUUGGUGUAUAGGUCCAGUUUCAGCUUGCAACAAAACGGACGCAGACAAAGCUGAAAGAGGCCAAAAGGCCUCAAUAGAUGAAUCCCAAUUGCUGAAAUGGCUUGAUUUGAAGGAACCAGGAUCAGUAAUCUAUGCUUGUCUUGGUAGCAUUUGUGGCCUCACGACUACUCAACUUGUGGAACUUGGUUUAGGCCUAGAAUCAUCAAACCAGCCAUUCAUUUGGGUGAUAAGAGAAGGCGAAAAAUCACAAGGACUAGAGAAGUGGGUUAUAGAAGAAGACUUUGAGAAUAGGACUAAAGACAGAGGACUCAUAAUCAGAGGUUGGGCACCACAGGUUGUAAUUUUAUCACAUCCUUCAGUUGGAGGAUUCUUAACACAUUGCGGUUGGAAUUCAACACUAGAAGGGAUAAGUGCUGGCUUACCAAUGGUUACGUGGCCACUUUUUGCUGACCAAUUCUGCAACGAGAGGUUAGUUGUUGACGUGCUAAAAAUUGGUGUAGAAGUUGGAGCUAAAGUUACUAUCAGAUGGGGUCAAGAAGAGAAGAUUGGAGUGACAGUGAAGAAGGAAAAUGUUACAAGGGCCAUUAACAGGUUGAUGGAUGAAGGAGAGGAAAGUGAGGAAAGAAGAGAAAGAGCAAAAGAGCUUAGCAGGAUGGCAAAAGAAGCAAUGGAGGAAAAGGGUUCUUCUUAUCUCAACAUGAAAUUAUUAAUACAAGAUAUUAUGCAGCAGCAACAGCAAGCAUGCACAAUGUAACCAUCAUGACUAGUAUAUAUAAUACAUUGUUAAUAUGCUUUUUGUGUUA